UGUCCAAACGGUAGUGUACAGUUGAACACACUUCUUGUCAUCGCUAUCGAAACAGAGUCAGACGGAUGCCAUCAACAUGGCGACUUGGAUUCCGAAGACCGCGAUACGAACAACGAAAAACCAAAAUGUGUACACUGCGGGCCACGCGAUACAGAAUCAUCGGGAGUGUAGCACGCAGCCGAGGAUCAUCAAGAACCCGACUACGGCCAGCCUGAAGAGAGGCACCGGCGGUCGAAGCUCUUUCAACGGCAUUGUAUGCACAGUAUUCGGGUGCAACGGUUUCAUUGGAAACGUUUUGUGUAACCGUCUUGGGAAAAUCGGUACGCAGCUAAUCCUUCCAUACAGAGGCGACCGUUACAAUGUUCUGCCUCUUAAGUUAUGCGGAGACCUUGGACAGGUGUUGUUCCAUCCAUUCCACCUGAAGGAUGAAACCUCUAUACUCAAGUGUAUAAAGUACUCCAACGUCGUAGUCAAUUUAAUCGGCAGUGACACAGAGACGCGUAACUUCGAUUACGAGACAGUACACGUAGAAGGAGCAAGAAGACUCGCCAGACUGGCUAAAGAAGUCGGCGUGGAACGUUUUGUUCAUGUAUCUUGCUUGAACGCGGAUCCUAACCCGGAACCACGACUGUUACGUAACGGUUCCCGUAUCCUGAAGAUGAAAUGGCUCGGAGAAUGCGCGGUAAGGGAAGAAUUUCCAAAUGCUACCAUUGUUCGACCAUCAGAUGUGUAUGGUCAAGGAGAUUACUUCUUAUCUCAUUACAUGAAUCCUCUUAGGCGAAGUUUGAGGCAAAUACCAUUGUGGGAGAAAGGAAAGAAAACCGAAAAGCAGCCUAUAUACGUUUCUGACGUAGGUGCAGGCCUUGUUGCUGUUAUAACCAAUCCUCUAACCGCUGGCAAUACCUAUCAGUUCGUCGGGUCAAAGAGGUAUACAUUGUACGAAAUAGUAAAAUGGUUCUAUGAAUUAGCGGCUCAAGGGCAGCCACAGUGGAUUUACCCUGUGUCGAACCUGAAACAUAAUCCGCAGUUUAACAUAAAAAUCACUCUGAACGAGACGAUUUACCCAAUAUUGCCAGCUGUCAGGCUAUCUUGGGAAAUUCUCGAAAAACAUCAUGCCACCGAUAAUAUAGUACCCGGAUUACCGACGUUAGAGGAUCUAGGCAUAACACCGGUCAACAUGGAGACAAGAAUACCUUGGGAGAUCGCACCAUAUAAACAUAAUUAA